GCAGCGCCGGCACAGCUCGACUCUCUCUGCGAGAAAAAACAACUUUCGCCGGGUUCAAACCUCCUCAUCCGCCCUUUAACGCUCCCGAUUGUGUCGGAGGGUCGUUUACGAGUGUGAGGCGGCAUAAUCCCGCUAUUAAUUAUCUCACUCAGGGGUUGACUUUUAGGUUUCUUUUGAAUUUUUGUGGAAUCGAGCAGCUGCGAGAAUACACCCCGAGCAGUGACAGACCGCGGGAAAAUGUCGUUACUUCCUGUGGACUAAAAAGUCUUGGCGCGACAUUACGGUUGUAAACAACGGGAGGACACACAACAAUACAGACAAACAAGUAUUCUUAAAGAAACUGAGCCUCGGCGAUAUUUGGCACAAUGGAGAACAUCAACACUAACGAUGUUUCUGGUCUGUUGGUGCCUGUUGUGAAUGUUAAUGAAGAUUCUGUGGAUAUCUACGAUGACAUGGAUGUUGGUUUUCACAGCAAUGCAGAUAACUCAACUCCAAAUGCAUCUCAACUGAAGGAUUCUAUGGAUCUAUAUGAAGAAAUUGUCACAGAGGAGCAGCAGAGUAGAGAGACAUUGUACACCGAUCUGAAGUCCAGAUUCCAAGCAGCUCAAACCCAAAUCAAAGAGUUACGCAGGAGACUGGAGCAGGUGGAGAUGCAGAACACGGGGUUGAACACUGAGAACUUCCGUCUCAAAAAGAACAUCUGUGCACUUUUACAAACAGCGAGACAGGAGGUGACGCGUAAAGACACAGAGAUUCAGAGGUUGAAUCAACGGUCAGAGAAAGGUCGUCAUCACUAUCUGUCUCAAAGCAGUAGGCCCCCUCCUCCUCCUCCUCGCCCACUGUCCACUCCUCCGCCUCCCUCCGGUCCUCCACCACCUCCUCCACGUCUGCCGACUUCACCUCCCAGAGAGAACCAGCCUUCAAGGAAUCCUCCUCACUCUGCAAGGACAGAAAGUUCAGCCAAUCAGCCCCUUGGCUCCUGCAUUGAGACACAAGCUUCUAAAGCACCUUCUCGUAGUCAUUCUAAAAGUUCUUCGAGAGGAGGUGACAUACCCGACAAACAUCCUGGGCACUCUGUCAGCAAGUCCUGCAGCAGUUCAUCAGGCCAGCACAGUGAUUCAGACAAACACAAGUCCAAACAGAGAGAGGACAAAUAUCAAAGUCAUAAACCAUCUGAAUCAACAGACAGACGACCUAAAAGUGAUUCACAUCCCAACAAGGACUGUCAUGCCUCUGAGAAAAACAGGUCUCAUAAAGCAGACAAAGACACAGGACGGAAGCACGACUCCAGGUCAUGUAAAAGCAGGAGCAUCUUAAAUGUUGAGGGACACCACAGAUCAAACCGGAGUAAAAGCCCCCCACCAGAGAUUAUACGCCAUGCAUCCCCCUAUGAUGACACCAAAGGGAGAUGUCAGGAAAGGAGACAAGACAAAACCAAAGUGGCCCUGUCGGACUGUGAGCAAAGUGCAGCUCGCAGUUCCAAAGAGGGCAGCCGAGAUCAUAGAAAAAUAAAGAGUGAUGAUGGACGUAACCGUUCAAAUUCCAAGGAGCGAACAAAAUCCUCUUUGAAACAGCACACCGAGCGCCACACUGAUUCCCCCAAGGAGAGGGAGGGAGAGCGACCCCUGAAGGAUCAGCAGAAGAAAGAAGAAAGACGACAUGAAGACGAUGACAGCAGAAAGCAUAAAAAGAACAAGCUUUCAGAGAUGAGCAGAAAGAAACAGAGAUUAAACGAAUCAGACAAAGGUAAAGAUGUCACUAAGGAAAGUCAGGAAAAGACACACAAUGCCUCAGAAAGAGCAUCUAAAGAACCACGUAUCCCAGAUAACAGCACUGUGGAAGAAAAUAGUCCAAACAGGAAACUGUGUUUCAUGGAAACAUUGAAUCUAACCCUUUCACCGAUUAAGAAGCCAGUGUUGCCCAUCGAUGCCGGCCAGGACGUCCCCACAACGAAGGACAAGGUGGCUGAAAACAAAGCAGAUGAUGAGAAUUUGCAGUUUUAUGUUGAAGACAUGUGUGUCAUAGACGAAGCAGAGUGCAGUGAAUUAAACUCUGGACCGGAAGAUGUGGCACAGCAGUCAUCAGAUAUCCCCAAAGAAUCAAGCUCUGAAAAGACACACAAGAGGUGUGAUGAUGCAGAAGAUGUCCUGGAAAAGAACAAGUGUCUGAGUGAAGCUGCAGCUGGCAAACUGCUUGAAGAAAUUACGGUCCAAACUACCUCAGCAUUCAGCCAACCCCUAAAUACUGCAGAGAGUCAGCAGAGUGUACAUCUUACACCAAAAUCACUAGAGGGUAGUUCUCCGAAGACAACAGAGAGCAACAUCUCAAAGAGUCUGACCUCAGACAGACGGGUGGAUAAAUCUAAACCAGUGGAGGUGACAGACAAUAUCAGUGACACCCGAGGAAGUGUCUCCAAACAACACACAAGCAAUUCCCUACUAAAAGUGAACCCUGGAAAUACAACUGAGGAAACCGUGUCUGAGCCUGAUGUUCUUGAGUCAAGGACAGUGGAGAAAAGCGUCCCUGUGGAUUCAGUUGAAGACGCUCCUACGGCUUCACCCUCAAAGGAACCCGCUGUAGCUGAAGAUGUUCCUGACAGUCCCAGACGUCAAAAGAUUCCUGCCGCUGCUUUGACACCGGUCUGUCAGCAAGGACUCCAUCCUUCUGCUUCAGUCACUUCCAUUCACAAGAAAGAUCCCAGUCAUAUGGAAGUAGCUGAAGAUGUUCCUGACAGUCCCAGACGUCAAAAGAUUCCUGCCGCUGCUUUGACACCGGUCUGUCAGCAAGGACUCCAUCCUUCUGCUUCAGUCACUUCCAUUCACAAGAAAGAUGCCAGUCAUAUGGAAAAUGGUCCUAAAGACACAGAUGCUGUAUCCAGUACAAUAAGCCUGGACUCACUUCCACAAGAAGGGCUGAGUUUACCCGAGGCUAUUUUAGUUCUAACCCAGACAAACGAAGAGGCUAACGACAGCAAUACUAUCGUCACUGAGCCGAGCUCCUCCACCGGCUGUAUCGCAGUGUACAAAGUCAGCAGCACGACAGAGGAGACGGUCCUGCCAGGAAACUCCAGUGGCCUCGCUUCCACCCCAAAAAAGAGCUUCGGUCCUGGAAAGAGUCGAGAGAAUAAUGUCAAGCCUUCCAGUUCAGUGCCACUGCUUCAUGACGAGGACUCCAUGAUGCGCACACUCAGCAAUCUGAAGAAAAUCCCCGAUGCCAUAAGCCCUCUGAGGAGCCCGAUGCGGAUAACCAAGAGAAGUCACAUCCAUGUUCAUGGCAAGCCUGGUCAUGUCAAGAGCCUCCAAAAAGAUUUCUCCAUCACACCCGUUGAUGUCAACUCAAAGAAGUUGGAUGUAAACAAAGAGAACAAAUAUCCUGGUUCUCCUGCAAAGCUGGACAUCCACAAUGUGGUGGACAAGGUGUCUGAGAUGCCUUCAAGUGUCUCUGACACUGAACUGGAGGAGGGGGAGAUUUUAAGUGAGAGCGAUGAGGCGGCUGCUGGUUCCCCACUUCCUGCAAACAAGAAGGUGAAGUUGGUACGACCUGUCAGAAAUAAACCAAGUCCCAAGUCUGUGCUGAAGAGGAUAUCUGAGGAAAUGUGUGUUGGCUCAAAAGAAACCAGUGAAGAACCAGGUAGUUCAACACGAAGUCCAAAGAGUCGUUUUAAAACGGUUUGCCCUGCAGCAUCCAAAGCUUCCUUUUCCAACAUGGAGGAAAUAAUGGAGACAUUCAGGUUGGUUCGCAGUGAGAUCCGAAAAAAGUACAUGAAGCUUCAUAAAACCUUUCCCAGGAAGAGCUUCAAUGGCAUAAUGGACAAUUAUCAGGAAUCUUUUUUAGAGUUUGUGGAUGGUGCUCAUUUUGGUGAGAUAUGCAGUCAGGCAGUAGAGCUGAAAUCCAAGCUGAAGAAUCUGAUUGUGCCCGUGUUUAGCAAAAUGUCAAAUAAUGGCAUCGUGAAACGGAUCUUUGAACAGCAAGCAGUCGACCUGAAGCAGAAGCUGUGGGACUUUGUCGAUGCCCAAGUUGACUGCUUGUUCAUGGACAUUCAUGCGACGCUGCACUGUCUUUGCAAACCAGCAAGAGCUCCGGCUGAGAAGAAGAAGCCCGCUGGGAACGAGGAAGUAUCCGCACAGCCGUCUUUAAAGAAGCCUCACUUUCAACAGAAGGAAGCACAGUCCUCUCCAACCAGCAUGAAUCAAAUCAAGCCUUGUACUGUAGUGCCUUACAAAACAGGGCUUGGAAGCAGAGGCAAAGACAUCAGAAUCACGCACGAGGAAAAAGACUGCAGCAGUGCCCCACAUCUGACAAAUACACAAUCUGUGACUGACUUCCCUCCUCGUAAAACUAUUCCUCCAACUCCAGAGAAAAAUAGCAUGGCCUCUUUGGUUGUCUCUCAAAGUGGCUCUCUGCUCGACAAAACCGACUUUGAACUGCUCACGGAACAGCAGGCCUCCAGUUUAACGUUCAACCUGGUGAGAGACUCUCAAAUGGGAGAAAUCUUCAAAUGUCUUCUCCAAGGAUCUGACUUACUAGAAAACAGCAGCAUCACAGGAGACAGCACAGCAUGGUCCCUCUGUACCCCGAGGAAGGAUGGAGAGAGGUUCAUCAGCAUCACCACUCCAAAUAAAUUUGACUCUCCGUCUAAACUGCGUACCCCGUCCAAAUUUAACACCCCCUCCAAACUCAUCGCUACCUGGUCCAGCAUUUCACCUCGCAGGAUGUCUUCUCCCCGGUUGAAAGAGCAGAUCCCCCUGAAUCCAGCUUUAUUUGACGAGAAUUGCUUGUUAGAGCUGCCAAUGGAGAACAAAAUAAUGCUGCAGUCCAGCUUGUCUUCUCAAAGGUCCUAUUCCAUACUGACUGAAGAUCUGGCUGUCUCGCUCACCAUUCCGUCACCCCUCAAGUCUGACAGCACUCUCAGCUUCCUACAGCCAUCAAGCAUGCGCAACAUGUCCACUCCAGAAAGCGUCAUCAGUGCGCACAUAAGCGAGGACGCCCUGCUGGACGGCGAGGACGCCACAGAGCAGGACAUUCACCUCGCCCUCGACACCGACAACUCCAGCUGUGGCUCCGGCAGCAGUGUGGCCUCAUCAGCACACGCCUCAUCUUUCUUGUUCAAGCCUGACGUGCCCAUGCAAGCGUUAGUGAUGGAGAGGUCCAACGAUCACUUCAUCUUGAAGAUCCGCCAGACAGCCGCGACGCGUGCAGACGUCACGCUCACUGCCGAUGAAAGCUUAAGUCAGACACUGACAGAAGAAGAUCACCAGCAUAGAGAAGGAGACAUAGCAGGUGAAGAAAGUCAAACAAAAUCGGUUUUGUGGGACAAGUCGCAGAAGGGAAGUACUGUGUCACAUGUGGUGCUAUCUGACAACAGUCUGUCUAACUUUGUUGAAAGCUCUAGGAUCUGCCAGGCUGCCACAGGCUCAGAGCUUUCUAAGUUUGUUGAAAGCUCUGGGAUCUGCCAGGCUGCCACAAGCUCAGAGAGCUGUGUCACUCAAGAUGAAAGCCAGACACUAAGUAAAGAUCCCUCCCACAAAAAAGAAGACGCGUCAACUCAACAGAGGAACGCACGUUUUAGUUUUUCUGAGGAGUCACAGCCACUGCCAGGGAAAAAGGAACCCAUGACCAUUCCUUCAGACAACAGUUUACACAGUGGUGCUCAAAGCUCUGUGCAGAUUGGCCAGGCAGCCCCUGGAAAAGGUGUCGCUACAGAGAGUCAAACGCACCUCAGAGUAGAAGACAUGCAAACUCAAAGAAGUCCGUCAAAAGCUCUUUUGAGUGACUCAGAGAGAAAUGCAAUGGAGGCAUCAGAGUCUGACAGUGUCCCAGAGAAGAUGAGCAGCACACCAGAGAAAGACCAGUGGGAUUGUGACAGAGGCAGAAAACGGAAGAAGCACCAAGAUCAAUUGAAAGCAAAGCGGCCCAGAAGGAAGGAGGUGGAGAUUACAGAGAAGAUGGUGCCUAAAGACGAUAAUGAGUCCAUAUCGUCCCCAAUGAGUUUGUCCCCCAACAGCCUCUCAGCCAAGAAUGUUGUGAGGAAGAAAGGCGAGGUGGUGAUAGCAUGGACGAGAGAUGAAGAUCGAGCGAUUCUGAUUGAGCUGAAGACAAAAGGGGCUUCACGUGACACUUUCUCUGCUCUGUCAGAAAGACUGAGCAAGCCGUCAGGACAGAUCGCUCACAGGUUUAAUCAGCUCAUGAAGCUUUUUAAGAGGCAUGAGAAGAUGGACACCUGACGCCUCACACUGCUGUGCUUUGUCGUAUGCAAAUAGUUCUUGUUUCCAUACACAUCCUGUAGCACCAGCGCAGGUAUGUAGGCUGCUGUUCACAGGACACAGUGCAGGACGAUGUGAACACAGGCCUGGCGGAGUCAUUACAUGGAGAACCACAUUGUCUACAACGACCGUGAGGAUUUGAUGGCAAUCAUACUCCGACUGUCGGCUCAACAGAAAUAUAGAUAUUCAUCCGUGAUAGAUUUAAAAUCCAGUCACUGUGUGUGAACUUGUUUUGCUCUGGAUACUGAACUGUACCUUUUUGAAGAAGUUCAAUGUUUGAAAAAUUCACAAAUAAUUACUUUUUCAGCUCAACUGACAAGAUAUCAUAUGAAGGACAAAACAAUCAACAUCAGUGUUGUUGUUUUUGAUCUUUUGUUUUUUAUUAUUGCACACUACAAUAACUUCAUCAGUAUUGGUUCUGGAUAUUUGCUGGUCCUCAGACUGAUGUGACUCUGUCCUCAGCGCAGCAUCUGUUCAUCUUUGCUACCUCUGUCUUUGCAGAUUUUAUAUUUUGCAAAACCUCUCAAGCCAGUUUUACGUCUAGUUCCAAACUUACAUGUUCCUCAAAACAGCAAAAACUACCUUUUCAUAAUUGAUGACUUACUUGACCUAUGGGACUGAAUUCUGUGUGUGAUAUUUUGGAUGUGUUUUUUUUUAUUUGAAGUAUUUGAGGGGAGGGGGUGGGGCGUGUGUGUGGUGGUGCUGCUUAACAUCUUUAAAGGUUAUUAAAAUGAUUAUAUGCCCAAUGAUGUAAGAUUAUCUCUGUUAAUACGAAGUACAACUUUUAUCUGUGGGCCUACUUGCUAUUUCCAUUGACUGAUCCCAUUUCCUAUAAACAGCAUGGAAUGCAAUAUUGUGAAUAUUGUACAUAAUUCUUUAUUGAAAUUAAAGUUUUAUUUAUUUA